AUGAGCGACAUCGCCAGCCUGGCACAAGAUGCCACGCAAUGGUCAACCACACAACUGAUGGCCGAACUUCAACGCCGGCAAAAUGCCAACGGCCGACCAAAGUGCGGUGGAAAGGGCCAGGGAUGGUAUGACAUGGCCGCACACGUCUUUGCCCUGUUCCUGAUUCUGGCCCUGAGCACACUCGCCUGCGGGUUUCCCCUCAUCGGACGACGCGCGACGACCGGCCGAUCGCAGAGCCGCCUCAUCUUUUACUGCCAACACGUGGGCACCGGCGUUCUGCUCGCGACCGCCUUUGUGCACCUCCUGCCGACGGCCUUUGAGUCGCUGACCGACCCGUGCCUGCCCGACUUCUUCAGCGAGGGGUACACGCCGCUCCCCGGCCUGAUCGCCAUGGUCUCCGCCAUCGUCGUCGUGGGCGUCGAGUCGUACCUGACGGCGCGCGGCGCCGGCCACUCGCACUCGCACAGCCACGCCGCGUGGGAGGAGCUCGACGGCGAGGACGACGACCUCGCCCACGGCGGCCACGACGACGACAACGCCCACCGAAUGAACGGCCUUGCGGAUCGACGCAGCCACCGCCCGGAUAACCUCACCGUUAGCGACCCGGACGCCGAGGCUGCCGAGGGCCUCGUCGCGGGCGCCUCGCCGUUGCCCGGAUCGACGCCGACGAUCGUGCCGCCGAGGAGGCGCUCCGUUGAUAACGCCUUUGCGGAUGGUGACUCGGAUCUCGACUUCGACCUGGAGGAGCUGGAUCCCGUGCCCAACGGCGCGAACGGAAGCGGAAACGGCCGACAAUAUAGGGGACUGAAUCGUGGCGGCGGCGGCGGUGGGCACAAGCGCGCAGACUCCAGCAGCCUCCCCCCGCAGACGCCCGAGCAGCAGAAGCGGCAGAUGCUGCAGUGCCUGCUGCUGGAGGCCGGCAUCCUGUUCCACAGCGUCUUCAUCGGCAUGGCGCUGUCGGUGGCGACCGGCCCCGCGUUCGUCGUCUUCCUCGUCGCCGUCAGCUUCCACCAGUCGUUCGAGGGCCUGGCGCUGGGCAGCCGCAUCGCGGCGAUCCAGUUCCCGCGGGGCUCAGUGCGGCCGUGGCUGAUGGUGCUCGCGUACGGCGUGACGACGCCGAUCGGGCAGGCCAUCGGGCUGUUCGUGCACCGCAUCUACGACCCGUCGUCGAUGGGCGGCCUCAUCACGGUGGGCGUCAUGAACGCCAUCUCGUCGGGCCUGCUGCUCUACGCGGGCCUGGUGCAGCUGCUCGCGGAGGACUUUCUCUCGGAGAAGAGCUUCAAGAUCCUCAAGGGCCGCAAGAGGCUGCACGCGUACCUGUGCGUCGUUGCCGGCGCCACGUUGAUGGCGCUCGUCGGCGCGUUUGCGUAG